UGUGUAGACUGCUGUGUCAGAUUCCAAUAGCUGUGAGUCAUCACUGCUACUGUAAAGAUGAGUUUACAGUCUGUCUGGAUGAGAACUGCUACAGUUGAUCUAAUGGCCGAUCAGUGCCCGCCUCUGUGCAGCCCUUAUCAAGCCAUGGAGACGCAGUCACCCCUUCUACGGAGGGACCUGAGUGUCAACAUGCCUCUGCACCAACCGUGAGAGUCUAUAUACUUUUUCAUCUGCUACUUAAGAUAAGACCAGGCAUAGAAAAUCUGUCAACCUCAUCAGAGUUAUUUAUAACUCUGCAGACCAUCUGUAAGUUCUCAAUAGAAGUAAUUUAAACAGUUAAUGCCCAAGCAAAACCAGAAACAAGAUGAGUCUCGCUGCAGAUCUAUAAGGAGUGUUGAAAUACAGAGCAUGUCAGAUCAGAACUAGGUUUACAAAACCUGACAAAACCAGUUUAGGAGGCUUCAAAGGUUAUGUAAGGCAACUCGCAGGAGAAAGACAAAUACACUCAAAAAUGAGAUACACUUAUGCUCAUUUGUACUGCAGCGCAGAGGAAGUGAUGAAAGGGCAAAACUUCUAUUUGACAAUUUUGGGUUUUGGCAGAUUAGAGUCACAAACUGCUAAUUCAAAAAUAUGAUAAGUAAGUACAUCUAAAAGAAAACCCAACAAGUUGUUUGAUUUGCUUAACAACACCAAAAACUCAAAAAUGAGAUCUGAGUUGAAUCACACCUCUCACCUCCCCUUAAAGCAGCUCCCAUUGUGCAGACACACAGUUACUGGAAUAUGGCAUUUUCACUUAUUUCCCAAAUGGGUCUUAUACUGUAUUUUACAGUAUAUAUCAUCUUCAUCUGAGUGUAGGUUGUUAUCAAUGGUGCAUAUUGGAUUUUCAUAUUGAUAAGAUGUGCCCUGGGCCCUACAGACUAAUAUCGCAGCAGUUUCCCAUGGAUUUGUCUCUGUUUUUUUUUUCCUUUUACUUGGCCAGCUGUCAAUUGAGCUCUAAGGAAAUCUUGAACAAUGUCCAACAUGCGUCAUAACACACCCCUGUCAUUAGUCUCAUUGCUGACUUUCUUUUCUAUCAUUUUUUUUUUAAAAUUCAAACAGUGAUUUAUUUGGAUAAAGUUAUUGUAUAACUAGAGUUAAUCUGACUUUGACUGAUCUUGCCUUCAAAGGAGGGCCGGGGUCCAAUUAAGACUCCUUUAUGGGCGUCCUGUGUGAGAACUUUGGCGCGUCAGAUUCUCUGUUGGACACCUGAUGUUUUAGGCCUCAUAUCCAGGCUCCGUUUUAGUGGCCUGAGGUGUGACUUUAGCACCGCUGCUCUCACCCACAGAGUCUGGAUAAACACAAGCGGGUGACUUUUUGAGGAGAGCCAAAGUUCAACCCAACCACACAUAGAGGGAAUGACGUGGACUUAAUUCGUCUUUUCUAAGCAGAUGUGAAAGAAUUAAUUACAUUAUGUCUGUAUUUUUAACCAUGGAAAAAAAGACAUUUAUAGUUUUUUUUUUUUUAAUUGGAUUUACAAACAGAUGUAGAAAGACUUAGACUUUUGCUUAAAUUAACAUUAUUUUGGUGAACAAUGACUGGAACAUCCCACAGAAAAAAAGCCAUAAUUUGUAACAGAAAACUACAAUAUGUGGGAUAGUGUUGGGAAACAGCAAAUUGGAAUAGAGUAGAGGAAACAAAUGAGCUGUUUGUCUGUCCUGAUACGUUGUUGUUUUUGGCAAAGCACCUGGUAUUCUCUUUUAUCUGGAAGAAUGAGAUCCAAAGUAGAGAUGUCAACUAGAUUAAACAAUUGGAUUUUUUUACUAUGAAGACCACAGGCAGUGGCAAUGUUAGGGUCCCACAGUGGAAACACUGAUAUACUGAAAACAAGCUAAAUUUUACAAUCAAAUGGAUGCGUUCCAGUGACACUCGAAGAAGUCUUUUAAACUGUCUCUUGAAAGUUAGGCAAAAGAGCCCACCAUGGAAGAAGAUUCAAGGAUUCAAGGAUUGUUUAUCGUCAUGGUGUCUCAUGAGGCACAAAAAUGUUAAUCCUGGGGUUGCAGCAAAACAUUACGACUACUCAAAGGUAUUAGUUAAGUUUCACUUUGUUGCUUUAGAGAAAAAAAGAAACUGAAGAAGUUAAUUCAAUCAAUUUUCACUUUCCUAGAAACUGAAGUUUAAACAUUCAAUCAGCAUGAUAGAGUUGGUUUGGUUUACUCUGUCAGUAUCAAAGACAGCUUCACAAAGAAACAAAAACAGUCAAAUGCAACUCCCCUUAAGGUGUUUGUGCUAAAUGUAGUGAUGAGGUUAGUCGUUUGAGACAUUAUAGCAAACAGUCCACUGCAGAAACUAAAUGGGCGGACGGUGAACAAAUAAAGAGGAAUAUGACCUUUUCCAUAGUGUGGUAGAAAGUUUAGUUUGAAAAUGGCACCUCAGUACGACAGAUGAGAUAGUCUCAUCAUGAGGAUUCAAACAGCAGACAUUUCUUUGUGUUCAGCUUCUACAAACUGAAAAAAAAUCUUUUUUUAAAAACAGUCACACAAUGUUGAUGCUUGACAGACGGACUUUUACACUAUCAGGUUCAAGUAGCUCCUUAGUUGUUUACAGUGUAAUGCCUUGAAUAGCAUACUGUAUUUAUUUUUUUGAAAAUUUUUUAAAGUAAACAUAAAACUUCCUGAGAAGCAAAAUCAGCAUGUCAAACUCCACUCUAUUCAACUGUAAAAUGUGACCUUGGACGUGCUAAUAUCAUUGCAUUACUCAGAGUUUACUCUCACAGUCAGCAGCUGAGGUACUGUGCAAACAUUUAGCAUGUCAAGCAAACAACUAUCAUGGCAACAUGGUAACAUCAUCAUGUAAAGAAGUGAAAAGUAAUUUUUUCUUAUGUGCUAACAUUUAGUAAGUCAAAAGCAGACAUGACCUGUGGUAUGUUACCAUACUGUCCAGAGUAAAUAAGUGGAUUAACCAAAUACAUGACUCCUUACACUAACUGUAAGGAUGAAAAUACUGUCAUAAGUUUUAAAGUAUGGUACAGUAGAUCAUUUGGGAGGUUAGCCUGCUCCCCUUACUUUUUUGUUCAUAAUACUGUAGCAUCCUUGUGCUGUGAAUGUAAAAAUUAUUGGGAAAGAGCAGCAUCCCACCUGACGUAAAUUCUUGCUAAAGGUCAGAUGAUACACCUGAUGGGCUAAACUGAAACUGAACUGACGUCAGAGUGAAAAAUCCCUGCUCCUUCUUCCCAGUUGGCUGUCUUCCUUUAAAUCUAAGUAAUAAAAGACGGAGAGGUGAGUCACCAGCUGGCUGCAUGCGUUAUCGAGCUCAUCUCCUUACUUUCCCAUGAUGAUCCUCUGCAGGUAAGAAAGGUACUUUUGAUUAAUUCUAUGCUGUUUCUGAUGAAACCCAGAGAAAUUUGGCUGGCAACUUUGCGACAGGUCUGAACAGGACAAGACUCAUGAAGCUUGGCAGCAACCGGUUUAAUUGGUAGAGUUUCCUUGUAGCUUUUCAAUCACAUCACCAGAACUUUCCUCUGAAACAUUCGAAUGAAACCUAAACUAAAUUAAAUAUUUCACCUGAAUGAAUUUUAAGUUCAUAUUUUAAAUUACCUUUAACUUCUUUACUUUUCUAUCUCAAGCUCUACAGUUUCUGUUACCUUUUUGUUGUUGAGGUAAUUUAGCUGAGCAGCUAUGAACCAAAUUUAAAAGAUAAAAGGUGAAAUAGUGAUGAAAUAAAGAUCGUUUUAUUAAUCAUAUCUACAGUUUCAAUUCCAAAACAAUCAAAAUAGUACUUGUAACUGUUGAAACAUGAGACAGCAAAGCCCUGAAUGAUCUCAGGUCAACCUUAGUCAGAAAAGUGCAGAUAAUUUACAGAUGAAAACAGGCAAAUUGACCCUUUUCAUUAGAGACAAGCUGGAAUAAACAGGAUAGCUCUUAAAAUGCAUGGUAACCAUAACUUUGGUCUAAAGUGUGGUUAGUGGGGAGGUUCUUGUGAAAGUCUUGAUUCAAAUUUUCAUUGUAUGCAUGUUGAGGUUGAAGACAUUCCUCUUGGUAACGUGUUUAUCUUGUCAGUCACUUACUAUAAAGAUGUCUUAUAAUCAGUCAGACCACAUGCAGUUAAAUAGAUCUUCUUUGUUGAUUAGAUUACUAGGAAUAAGCUCUGUGGCUCGUCAAACAGAGAGCAAUAUGAAAGGACUUGAGCAGCUGCAAAGUGACAACAACUCUACGGUUGGUUUUUUAAGAGGCUGAUGACUGUUGCUGCCUCAGGUGCAUCCGUUUGUAUAAUCCGGCUGAACAGGUUGCCAUUACUUGACACAAGCUGUGCACGUUUCAUACUAUAACCACAGUAAAGCAUCUCAGCUCUCCACAGACGAUGACCUAAUUUCUGAGCAAACACAAGAUGAUCAUGAGUGUUUGACUCCUCAGCCUCGUUGAUCAGACCGCAUGUCACUGUCUGUGACACUAACUUUAGAAGACAUCAUGUUUAUUACUGUGAGUCAGUGAGUUAAUUAUCCAACACUGACUGUUAAUAGUGCAGAAAAGAAAACUAUGUAUAAAGUUGGUUGAUUAGAUUCCCACUGACAGUAUAUAGACUACCAAUACAUCACUUUAAUUUAUUUUGUAUAUCCCCUUUGGCAAAGGUGUAUAGUCAAACAAAGAGCAAAUUGUUAACCGAGAAAAGAAUGUAUACUGUGUUUUUUAUCUAUGUAUUUUGAAUAGGCCUCACUUUUAAUCCUAAAAGCUCUUUUUUUAAAUGAACAAACUUCUUACAUGCAAAGAAGAGUGUUUGCAUAAACCUCUCGCCCUAUGAAAAUUAGAGCCUUUGAAUACACAACCCCCCUGCUCAAACCAUCCUCCUCUUCUUCAGUCUACAGACGGAUGACUGAACUAAAAGUGACGAUUUCCUAAAUAUCAUAUUAAGUAAAAGAAGAAGCAAAAACAAGAAAGUCCCUCAUACUUCUCAUAUCAAAAAUACAUUUUAAUAUUUUAAACAGCCACUGUGUGUUUUUUCUAUCAAUUCAUUAAAACAAAGCCAUGAAUGGAAAAGUAGACCGCCACUUAACCAGCAUGCAUGUACGUGUGUGAAAAUGGCUCUGUUUUCUCCAAAGUAUGCUGGACAAUCAUAAACAGACUACCUGAGUGUCUGUAUUUCAUGUCUGGACAUGUCAGUGGAAGCCCCCAUCUUUUCCCUGAUUGACAAACACCAUCCAGCCUGCAGUGACCACUCAUUACAGCGGUGACCCAACAAUGAGCUCCAUUUGGCCCCUAGAAGGUGUGAAAUGGCACACUUCUCCCUGAACCCCCUGUCUUUGUUGUUGGGAUUGAUUUAACAGACAGAAGCCACUCACAGAAGGUGUGAGUCCCACACUGGCAACACACUGUUCACACACACAUACACACACAGAGCCUGUGACACAGCCCCAAACUCCACCCCCUUUACGCAGACACAUUCUCACCGGUCUGACUAUACAGCUCUCACCCUGCCCACUUCUCCCUCAGUACAAGUUUGACUUCAGCAGGGAGCGCAUUACACUCUUGGAUUACACUCGCUCAUUAAAGGAGUAACAGUUUGUCUUCAUAUCAGUGCAGAGCCCCACAGAAGACAGCAACAUGGGGAGCAGUAUGUCAUGUGUCCCCCAGCACAACUUCAGAUUCUCCAGCAAGAGUUUCAUUCGCAGAAACAGGUAAGAAUAAUCCCACUUGUCCGUGUUUCUUACUGUACUCUUCUGAGUCUGUUUCCUCUGGACACAUGUCAUACCCUUGACUGACGUUUGUUAUUUUAGACUCUGCUUUUCAGCUGGAAGGAAUUCUUGGUAUUUCUCAGGGUUUUAGUAGAGGGUUAAACAGAGACUGUGAAGUUUGUGGAGCCAGGGUCAGGAUCAUAUGGUUAUAGAGGAUAGUCUUCAAGUUGUCCCUGAGUGGUGCUCAAUUGGCCAACGGUGUCAAUGAUCCAGUUACCAUUUGCCUCCUUUUUGCAUCUCUGUGAAGAUGAUCUGCCAGCUGUCUGUGAAUCUGGUUUCCCUCCAAAAUCAGGACCUGACCCCAUCAUUAUCACAAAUCACAUGUGGGCAGUCGAUAACUUCAUCUACUUACAGUUAAUUACUUUAUAAAUCUGGUCUGUGGAACUUUAUCUGUACGUAAACAGCUUGUUAUGGUCUGACGUUAAUGCAUAAAGAUAAUUUUAGGGACUGACUGACACCAGUGAGUUGUUUACAAAUUUGAUAUCUGGUUUUCCACUGUCCUCCAGGUCUGUAUGUCCAGGCAUGACACUUUGGUCCCGCCGACUCUGCUGGACCACCAUCUGAUUUGAAUUAGACCAUGCUCAGGUCUCCUCUCCUGUGCUGUGUGUUAGAUUCACUGUCUGGUAUUGUCAAACGUGCCAUGCAGCUCUUGGUUUUCAAAUAAAACCAGAGGUGGUAGUUCAACCCUGGUUCCAAAAAAUGCCAACGGUUCAUGCUUGAACACAAAUACACUUCCCAGUUGGGUCGAUCACUCAGCAUGAACAAUGUGUUCACUGUUCUUGUGUCUUGUGUUCUCUUCCUUCUCUUUGUGUUGGUGAAUCAGGCCAGGCUCAGGUAUUCCCAGCAGAGAGUUUGAAAAUGUGACGGGUGCAAAUCCACUACCUGUCUAUUAACUACAUUCCUCUCCCAUGUGACGACUACAAAUUGCACCAGCUUGCAUGCUAAAGACAUAUUCUCUGUCUGUAAUAUUUUGUUGGAAGAGUGGAAGAGGAAUAGCAUUAUUCACUUCACACUUAUCAAUGAUUGAUGCUGGACAUGGACCUCCUGAUUAGGCAGACCUUGAUUCCCACCAUGCAGACAAAAGCCUGCAUUGUUACGCGUUAAGGCCACUGGCACAUGUGUGCAGAUAAGCAGAUAAACCUCCAGCUGAGAUUGUAAAGGAAGCCUCCUCGCCUUAUCACUGCAGCAAGGGAGCUUCCUCAUAUGGAUGUGACACUAAUGGUAACAGAUGAGGGUCAUGCAAAACAAAGAGGUACAUUGAAUGGUGAUUUUCUUAUGCAUAACCUCACUAUCAGAGACACAAGACUUGAUUGUUCCUGUUGUUUAAAUGGCUCGUAUUGAUGGGACAAGGACAAAGGAAACAGUUAAUACAUAUGAAACUCAAAUCAUGUUUCAUGAAUCCAAAGGAGUUCAGGAUUCUCUGUGGCUUCAUUAUUACAGAGCUGCAGCUGGAAUUGAAAUGUAAAUCUGUAAAGCAAACACUAAUCGAAUUGGGUCGACUUUUCAUCUGACAAUAGGAGAUAAAAAAUAAAAUCCUACAUAAAUGUUCCUUGUUGACUCUGUGGUUGGGAGGUGAACUGCUCAACAAACACAGAAUAGAUGGUAAACAUUGGAGAGUAGGUAGUAACACGUGGUUGUCCUCUCUCUGACAGCAGCCGCCUGUUUCGCAAGAAGAAUCCCCAAGAGGGACAGGAGAAGUCGAACAGCAUCAUCAAUAUCCUGUGCACCGUCACUCCUCGAAAGGUAAGAAACUCCUUAAGGGUGUAAGAAAUGGUGAUAACUCAAUCAUCUGCAUACCGGGUGGAAUCACUGUCUUACAUAAAUGUUAUAUAUGAUGUAUGGCUUUUUUACACUGUACCUAAACUUAACCAAUUUUGUGAUUGGCUGCAGGAAAUGUCUCAUAAAGAUCUACAGACGAUAGAGAACAUAAAAUGGGAUCCUCCAUUUCCCUAUGAUCCCGCCAAUGGUUGGAAGAAGAGUAGUAUCAAUGUUAAGAACUAUGGACGGAUGAUUCACAGCUCCAGAGUCCGUUUCCGCUUCCUCCACUGCCAGGUGAGUGGAACAAAAUAACUUUUUCAUGACUCUCGUGUUGUAACAGCAGGAAACCAGCUGUAAAAGAAAACAACACUCACACUGCACAAUCCUUAUUGUGGUAGAUGUGGUCUGAAACAAUGACCAAGCCUAAGGUGACACAUCAUGCCAGUCAUCUAUGUGAACCUUGUGUGUGUCAAAACAAGCAAAAACACAACUGUUCAGAGUCACAGGAUGUUGCUCUGUAGCCAUUAAGCAUACUGAAACUUACUGCUGGCAUUGACGUGGUGGCUGCCUCUGAAUAAUCCAUCAGUUUUCCACAAAAGCAGGCCGCAGCCUGUGUUUGGACAUGCUUGCAACUGCUGCGGUUGUGAAACAUCUCGGAGAGAAAACCUCAGGGUAGAGAGAGUAACUAUGAUCCCAGGAACUGAUAAUGGACACAAUGGCUCCUCAAUGCAAUUUGUCAGGGCUGUGACACAACAGUUCUGUCAAAGAGUUAAAAGGCAGAGUUUGAUUUAAGGAAUAGUGUCAUGACGGGAAAAGAACAGGUUGUACAGUACUAUUAAUUACGAAAGUGUCGACAAAGAGAUACAUGCAUAAACCAUUUAAGAAAGGGAUGGCUGUCUAAAUGAAGAUGCUUCUGAUAGCAUUUUAUGAUCAUUUAUAAUAUUGCAUGAAUAUUUGCAUGCAAGGUCCCAAUUUCAGGAUCAAUAUUUAAUAACUGUGUGGUCUUUAAUGGAGACAGCAGACUGUGAUUAUUAGUUUCGAGUCAAAACUUGCACAAUUACAAUAUAACUAACACUUUUGAUUGCGUCCUGUUUAUUUAAUUUAUCUGAUGCUAUUGGUUCUAUUUGAGACAUCUGGGGAUGAACUUUGGGAAGUGGGGGCCUGGGGGUUGAUAGGAUUUAUGGAUUUUGGACCAUAGUAUUAUUGUUGGUACAAAGUUUCAGUCUAAGUUUGUCUGCUUGUUUUGUUCUUCACUGUUUUGUCUUUGUUUGGGUGGUCUCCUUUGCAUUUGUCCUUUUAUAAGUAGAUUCCAUCGUCAUAACUGCUACACAUGUGAAAAAAAAAAGGAGUUUAAAGAACUGUAUUGACAUGUUUCACAUUUCAACCUGACUUUUUUUUCUGUAGGAUGUACAUGAUUGCUACCUGGAUCUCUUCCAGACACACCUUCAUUUCGUCUCCAACAACACCACCGGUUUGACAUACCAGGUAAGUCCAAUUUCAUCUGGAACUAAUAUCCCAAUACCUGUUUUUAAUAAAGGGUCCUUCAAUAUCAGCUAAUAUCUUAGAUGGAUAUCCUUUUAUUAAAUACUCCUACAGGGAAGAAUUUCAUGUUACGUAAUUGUACCUUCUGAGGUGCGUACCCUGCCAACCAGCAGCCUGUUAGUAAACAAAAGGGCAAUUAUGAAUCUUCACCUGUGUCAUAAAGCCCUGAGCUGUCAUUAAUCACUUUUUUACGGCGGCUGUUAAGAGCCAAACACUCAAAUCAAAAAGAGACAGCUAGGCUUACGUGUACUAUGUUAGUCAGAAUAUACGUAGUUGACGACAUAAAAGAGACAGACAUGAAAACAUCAUCCACUUACAAAGAUGAUCCUGGCACCAUGAUGAUAAAUCUCUUUCUUCUUCCUGAAUUGUGUGUAGGGAACUCUGCCUUUGAAGGAAAUCACCAUCUGCAACCUGCAACAAAACUGCAACCACAGCCAACCCCAGGAAUUCGCUUUUCAAAUAAACGGUAAGUUUGACCCCACCGGAGAGGACAUGAGUGGGCGUUGGCACGAAACCCUGGAAUGUUGUAAUCAUCUGUUUUGAGUUUUAUUGGUUAUGUUGAAUCGAGCAAUUCAAUCACUUAGACUAGAACCAACUACUUAUGUUACCUGUCAAGAAAUGCAGAGAAAGCUGGUAGCAGAGGGAAAGUAUUGUUUGUUGCCUACAUUCAUCCUAAUUUGAUACUUAUGUGAGCCAGAGUUUUUUUUAAGUUGCUGCUGGUCUGCCAUGAUUGUCCCUCUCAUUAAUUAUUGAUCAAAGUAGAAAGAUUUACUUUGAAGAAGGAAAAAGAAGAAAACACUGCGCUAUUUUCAAGCUGCAUUUUCCGUGUUGUCAAAUUCUACGAUUCAAAGGUGCCGCGACCCUCUUCACCUCCACUCAACCCCAAGACUAACCAGAGCUGGGCCCCUUCACCCUUGGUCAGGGGGCCAAAUCGGCCUUAAAGGCCCUGCUUGUUAGACAACAGGUGCACUUCAGUCAGCCCAGCUGUCGCGCUGAGAACUCCAGCUCCCGCUCUUAGCCUUGUCACUGUGUAUAAUCUAUGGCACAUACCAAAAAGUGCUCAGGUUGAUGUCUGGCAGGAUUGCCACUUAGCUUCUGAACUCUGAGAGUGUCAAAACAUCUCCAGAUUGAUUUCUUUUCACUGGACAUAAAUAAACUCUUGGUGUGACCAGGAUUUGGUCCUUGCCUCAGAAAAAGUGCAAACAGUGAGGUCAAAGAUGAGCGCAAAUAACGACUGAAAAAUAAUCUAACAUGAAAAGUCCCUCCCUGUCAUCGAGUGUAGGGUCACUCUAUACGUUUUAAACAUUUUUAUCAUAUUAUCUCACCAGUAUCUAAAAGAUCUCUGCUGUCAUAAUAUUAACACUCAUAUGCACACUUAUGUAAUCCUCUCCUGUUUCCACUUGGCCUUUUUCUCUACUAUGAAGCUUGUUAUUCACAGUAUUGAAUUACAGCUGUUAUCAUUGUUAGGCUAGAACCUUUAUUUACCUUAUGGGAGGCGUCACUGACAGGAAACUUGUAAAGGAAGUGUGACCGAAUUCUGAGUCAAGUGAGGGAUUGGAUAGAGAUUUCCUUCCUCGGAUCUGCUUCAUCCUCUGAAGAGCAGAAAAUGUGAAUCAGCUUUAGCGUAAACAUUUUAAGAGGUUGAAGAGUGACGGAGGUAAAACAGCACAAGACGGUGUGUCAAAAUUCCCGGAAUCCUUCACAUGGUCUGAAUUACUGUGGCUGUGAAAGUAAGAUAAUGAUAGUUAACUACUCUCAACAACCAUUAAAAGCCCUGUAAACUGACUGAAGGUUGGAACAGGAGAAAGCCUCAUUAUUUUCUUCUGGGCUCAAGGCAUCUACUCAAUCUUGCUUAAACUGUGGAGAAACAAAACCUUCUGGGGGAGAGCUUUGGUCAAGGAUUCAAAGAAAGUAAGAAAGUCAACAGAUGAAUUCAGAUUAGGAAUUUAUUACGGAGUAGUUACCCGGUUCAGUUCCCUCAAAUUUCAGUACAAAGCCAUCGGGCAGGAGUGAUACAGGCUAUCUCUGCUGGUUAUCUCUGGUAUGUGUCAGACUGAUGCAAACAGAGAAAUUCCAGCCUUUUCGUCCCAGGUCCAGUUCAUUCCUCAGUCCUGAUGAGCAGUGUGUGGGGGGCUGCUAUGACUUCAAUGCCAAACGAAGCAGGUCAAGGGGAUCUUCUUUGAGGGAUUUAAGAUGUGAUUCACCCGCUUGAACAUGUGUUAGUGUUUACUGACCUCACCCCACAAUGGUUUUUCAACAGCCACUGAAGCAGAUUGUGAACGUAUAUGGGGCAAGCUCUCCGAUAGAAGGUUUAGAAAAGGAAACCUUGUUGAAACUUUUCCUUUGUGACCUUGUGACCUUUGUACCCAACAGGUGUCAGCCUUAACCCCAUUAUCGUGUACUGUGCCAAUCAAGAAGAGAUGGAUCUAUGGUUUGGCCUGCUCAAAGAGAACAUUGAGGCCAAUGGAGGCACUGCGAUAUCGCCUGAAAACUACACCAGAGUAAAAGUAAGUUCACCAGCAUUGUUUUAAAGCACCUUCAGUCCAGUUGCUAUGUACAAAGUUGCACAGAACUGGCUUUCAUGAUGCAACACUGAUUAACAUCCUUUGUUUUCAAAUUCAAAGAAACACUUCAGUGUGGUCAUCUUUAAUCCUCCUGGAGCUUUAACCAGAAAAAAUGUUUCAGCCACUUCUGAUAAAACAGGGCGUGUUUGUAGAUUUGUUGAGUCAAGUAGGUCAGUGUGGGCUCUCCCUGAGGCAUGGAUACUAGGGAGCGGCCCACGCUGCAUCACUGCCUACAUCAAAGUCCCCCUCACAUCUGCAAUGGGUUAAUGUGCUGACUGGGCACCCACAGGUGGGGAAAUGGCUAAUGAAGCACAUGAACCUAGAUGAGGACACGCAGGCAUGAAACAAUAACAGAAACCCCCCCGAACAGACCAUGCUUUUGUAAACCCUAGCUACUUAAGGAAUGACAGACAUGAGAAAAAACAUCUCAAACCAACAUGUUUAAAUUCGCUCAAGGGUAGAAGCCUUGUUCAUAUUUACUUAACUUAUGAUCCUCCUCUGUUUCCUCUGCAGAUAAACCAGAAGGAAGCUCCUGAGGGCAGAGAAGAGCUGAGGAACUCAGUCAACAGAGAGCCCAUCUACGAGUGGGAGGGCUCACAGCGGGACAGCUUGGGAGCCAUCACCUAUGUCACCAAAGUUCGGCUGCAACACCUUCCCUGUCAGGUACGACAUCUCAUUACAACAUGUCUGCUAAUCAAGAGUGAAUCACUCAGACCUGUCAUCAUGCAGGUGUAAUACAAUAUCUCUGAUGAUGUCUAUUUAUGGAAAUAUACAGUGCAGCAGCCUGUAGCUUAUGAUACAUACAUGUUUUCAAACUCUGGGAUUUUUUCCCAUGAUGAACAAAGACAGGUAAUCAUCUUCUCUUAAUCCAGGUGACUCAUAUUGUUUUAACAUUGCGCAACACAUUACCUCAACACAAUGUAAGGAGUGAGAAAGGGUGGAGCUCAUCUUGUGGUAAAAUGCUCUGAUCAGCAGAUAUAUCUCUAUUAUCUUCACUUUCCUGUAAAGGUGGGAGACAGUAUUCACCAGCUGCAAAAAUCUAAUGGUAAUAACAAUAUACUGGUGAAGCAGACCUGAGCACAGAUAAAUAACGCUGACACAGCUAAACACCGCAGCCAGUAAAAACUACAGUCAUGACACUGCUUGCAUGGAUACCAGUAUUUAAUUCACUGUGGGAAAUGGCGGCAGUUCUAUUGAAGUGUGUGAGAUUUAGGGCCUGGGUGUGUGAGAGGCAUUUGCCCAGCUCACGCAGUGACUCGACUCACCUCACAGCUGGAAUGUCAGCUGUCUGUUCAGACACACCCUCCGAGAGCGAGAAGAAACAUAAACUCUCUGUCUGCCGCACCUUUAAAUGCACCGCUAACUGGUUUGACUGAAGAUCCUACUGGGAUUUAAACUUCAGCUCUCAACAGAGAAUGAAAGAAUAAUACUGAUGUUUUUUUCAGAAUCCAAACAUGGUCUCAAAGCCUCCUCUCCGGCACAGUCUCACCUACACAAAACCAAAACAACUGAAGCUAUUAAGGCUCUCUAAAAUAGUUGGCGUGAUCGUAAUCAAAACUUUUCAGAGAAUUACAAUUUUUUUUCAGAGUGGCUUAGUCAUCUUAGCUUGUCACAGAAUUGUGAAGAUUUAUUCUUGUGUUCACUUUCAAAUGAUUUUGAUAUCAUCAAGUUUUAUGUUCAUGCUGGAAAAAUAUAUUCAAAAUUUGUAAAAAAGAAAAAAAAAAUCAUACUACAUAGAAAAGAAUUUAUUUUUUAUGAAUGUGCAAAAUGCAAAACAGUGAAUUAUAGCAAUGAUGCACCAGCAACAACCCAUAAUUUAAGAGUUGAUUUUAUCUUGUCUUCACAGGAACAAAGUGAUAGACUUCUGGUCAUGUAUCCAUCAACACUGAUCAUCUUGUCCGAGGAAAAUGAUGGACUCUUCUAUAAGGUAACACCGACCCACUGAACUUUUACUCUUAAGCUUUAUGAUACCCUGAGCUCUGUGUGUAUACUAUUUCAUGUAUGUGUCAGACAGUUUUGUUAAAGAGGUGUUUCAAUUACAGGGAAAACUUCCUCUCAACAUGAUUACUGUGACAACGCCCUGCCAAGAUGUCAAGCCCAACACCUUUAUGAUUGAAGGUAGAUAUACCAGUCCCUCCUAAACUGUAGUCUCUUCAGCACACGGACAUUUUAAAGGGAUUUCAUGCAGUUGACAUUCUUAUGCAUGUUUUUACACUAUGAGGCCUUUUGACAUGAGUCCACUAACGUCACAGUGUGUAACCCUCCAUGAAUGAGCUGGUUUUAUCCCCACUGAAUGACAAUCUGACUGUAGCACAUUCCAGUGAGCGACUGGACCGAAUGACAGGCUUUGUCCUCUACCCCCCAUCCUCUCUUCCCAGGGAAGCUGAUCAACCCCAUAGUGGUUUCGUGUCUGGAUAGGACCGAGUUCUGCGACUGGAUCCAGCAUUUCAAAUCUGCUGACGUGCCCGUUCUCAGCCCCCCACCCCCUGUGUAUGACAUCAUCUACACCCCAACGCACAGAGAGGUGAGGCUUACUCGCCUUUCUUUCAUGGGCCAAAAACAAUUAAACCAUUCACAGUUGUUGUUAAUCCCUAAUAAUUAUCGGGCAAGUCAUCUCCACCUGGUUUGUGAACCUGCAUGUUCUGUGAAUUGGAGUAAAGAGAAGAGUAAUAAUGACGGCAGGGAAUGAAGCCCUACCUCCACUAAAAAGUGACUGAAUAUGACAAUGCAAUGAUUUGUCUUACAAUCAACAAGUCAGCAGUCCACUUCAAGUUGAAAAAAAAAAAGUAAAAAUUUGAGUUGCUUUGCUUAUUUGCUCAUAGUCAAAUAUUUAAUAUCAUUCUACAUUUUUUUCUUGUGAACUCUAGACCCCACAAUUUGAUAGGUGGAGUGGAAACAGCCAGGGAAGAUCCGGGUCCUUUAAGUUCAGCCAAUCAACAAGUGGAUAUGGAUCCCACAACAUUCAGUUACCCAUUCAUGAAGACAACCCUCUGUCCCCGGGAUACACUGAACCCCUCUGUGUAAGUCAGCUGUGUACUACAUCUCCACUUCUAUCGUAAUAUACAAUCAAAGACCUAAAACAAUCACACAGAGAAUACACUUUCAGGAAAUAAUCAAGUUGGCUCAUAUUGCUUUCACAAUAUUUUGGUAUUGAUGAUAACAGUCCUAUUAAGAAAAUAUGUAUUGAUAUCUUUUUGCAAUUGGGCAUAUGAUAGUACCAUAAGUUUAAAGUAGUGGUAUUUAACGCUGGCUGCCACAUGUCAUAGUCCAUAGGAUAGAUAAUGAAGAAGAAGUCAACUGCAAGCAAGCGAGCUGAAGCAGCCCUCUGAGACAUGAUUAGGACCUUUAAGUGCUGAUAUUCAAGACUUAGUUUAAAUCCAAAAACAACAUGAGAGCUUCUGCAUCUUGAGGUUACUAACCAGCUGAACAUUUAUACAUUCUGACCGUUCUUUAACCUGUUUUUAUUCAGUCCUGUAACUUAUUAUUUACCUGCAGUAAUGUUGUAUAGCCUUAAUAAUCCUGAGGUGACAAUCUGAUAUUGUGACAGCCCUAGUUCAAAGCUUAAUAAACAAAAUAAAACAGGAUUUUGGUGGCGCUGAGCAGGGACACCCUGGUUUGAUAUGUAAAUUAUUAAGCAAGGUUAAAAGACUAAACUGCUCCUGUUACUACGUCUCAGGUGAUGAUCCUGAGGUCUUUUAGUAAAAUAACUUUUACUAAAUGAUUAAGUUUUAUAAAGACAAUAUAUUUUCACUUAAAAACUCUAGGAUGUUGGUAAAUACCCUCUUCAGCUACAUGCUAACUCAGCAGUGAGAAGUUUGCUGAACUGUCCAUAACAGUACUGUUCAAAGGUACUGAAAAACUCUGUGUUGUCAGGACCUCUUCUUUGAUCCAAACUCCCCCCAAGGAGAGGGACUAUGUGGGCCAACAAACCAUCCAAUUAGCUGAGAGUAGAGAGGGCUGAGUGCCCAGUGGUCAUGUUGUUGUUCAGCAUCUGACCUGACCAACUUAAUGGAAAUGAUGAGGAAUGUUUUCUUUCACAGGUCAGGACAUUCAAGAGUAUGACCAAAAAAAAAACCUCCAAGAACUAUGCAGAAGACUUUUUCUGAGUAAAGUAAAAAAAAAAAAAAGAAAUUUAAUCUAAUGUGUUUGUUUGUUAUUCCUACAGUACAGUCGUCCCUCCUCAACUGAGACCGCCCGCUUGGGCAGCAGGACCAACAGCAUGUCUUCCCACACCAGGCCUGAGCGUGAUCUACGACCUUUGUCUCAGCGCUACUCCUCCCCACAGCGCAGCUCCUACCUCCAGCCUGCUGAGAGCUCAGCGCUGUCUCAGGUCUACAGCACACCCUACUCAGCCCUGCACCGUGCCAGCCCACAGAGGCUGGAGAAAACUCCACUUGUCAAGGUAAUUCAGUCUGGCCUCUAACUUGAUAACCUAAUAUUCCCCCUGAAGACUGUUGACUUAUUUUACAUGUCAUGUGUGCAGCCGCUAAAAUAGAUCCAUCAUGCACACACAGUCAGCUGAGAGGGGCAGUCAUGUAGGGUGUUAAUAUAUCAGUCAAUGGCCGCAUUUGAACAGAGCGAAGGUUGAAAGAUCAAACUUCUUAAUUGUAAUCUGAAUUAUAGUUUAUAAGCAGAACUUGAGCUGCCAACCAGAAAACAUUUCCCUAUACUAAGAUUUAUUGGACAGGCAAAGGUGCAGCUUUUUUUUUACUCAAGACUAAUUUGUGAUGCACAGGAUCAUUCUCUCAAAAGCACUGCUGCAGAUCAUGACUGGCUUUAAGUCUAAAACCUCUACUUGGUAAUCUGAUCCUUAAGUGAGGCUUAUGUGAUUGCCUCCUGCAAAGCCACAGAGCAUCAAAGACAGAUAAAGAGAGAGAUGGAAGGAAAUGAUCAUCCCUGGUUUUAUCCUGGAGUUACUCUGUACGUUUAACUAAUUCCUGGAUCUGUUUGAAUCUUUUGUUAUCAGUCGAACAGCUGGAGCACCCCUCAGACAUCUCUGAACUACCCCCUGAACACCCCCCAACGCCACUCAGACAUGUGUGCCCCUCGGCAGCCGUUGUCCCCUCUGUAUGAUGAGCCCUGUAGCCCUGAAAUCUACUCCCUGGAUGAAGCCAAGCCCAUGGUAAGUGGGUCAAUGAUACUGGAUCCAUAAGUUCAAUUUACACUUCGGAGCUCGUCUGAUGUCAAGCAGUGGAUUGACAGAUAGACACGUCAAGAAAAACUUGGAGAGACUCAAGUUCUGUCAGUAUGACAUGAGAAAACAUUUGACCAAAGACCUUUUUGACAACCAAAUUAUUUUCAUCAGAAGUCUUACUGAGUAAACCUACAGUUGUCCUGACUGUAUCCCUCUGUUCUUAAGCAGCAGAUCUGGCAAGAGUCUAUUCAUCAGCAUCACUACCACCCAGGCCACCAGUUCACAUCCUCCCCAUUUCAGCUCAGCACCCCUCCCAUGGGCAGGCGGUGCAGGAGAAGUCUGGUUCUGAUCAACUCCCAGGGUCAGGAGACUGAGAGUCCUCAAAGACAAGCAGAGCAGAGAGCCGAGGCUGUGUCGAGGCUAAAGCUGCUGCCUGUGCCCAGCCAAGUGCAUGAGCAGGUGAGAAAACACAAUCCUCUUCUACACUGAAACUUUGCAUCAGAAUUAAGUUCUGCCAUCGCUAUACUCUUGUACUUACAAAGUUCACCUCAGAGCAGCUUAAUAUUAGUGUCCCACUGUGUUUAUAUAUUGCAUUAUGUUGUUGUGGGAGCAUGAGAGACAUGACUUGUUAUACUUGUAUAUACUUGUUCUGCAGGUGAUAUUUGGACAGGUGCUGCAGAUAAAACAGAUGUUUUCGGUUACAUGAGAAUGUUUAUUAUAAGUCAUCACAGGAAGUAACUUUCUUUUGUUUUCACAUCUGUCAUUAGAUUGCUGCCCCGCUGAGCUCUGUAAGGAACAACUCUCAGAAACCCUUUGGUUACUCACCAGGUAAGAACUGAAGCCAUAAAGGUUUGAAUUUGGGGAAUCUUUCUUGUGUUUAUUAAUAGUUUAUCAAGAACAUAUGUGCAUUUCAUCCUUUUUAAAAAGAUAUGUGGAUACAUCUAAAUAUGGAGGCACAGGGUCACUGCCUGUUUUUACAGUGCAACUGUUAUUGGAAAAAAAACAGGCAACAACUUAUAUUGGAAGAGUUAUUAAAAUUAUUGUGUGCUUCUGGACUUAAAACAAGAAUAUGUUGUGUAUCAAACUAACAAAACUGAGUAAGAAAAAUCUAACACCAUGCAUGCCUUGUAAUGGCAGCUGCUCCCUUGUGACAUUAUACUUCCUCACAAGAGUGAGUUAUGAAAGUCAACACUGUCUGCCAACUUCAUAAAUAUCACCAAGGACACGGAUCAUAGCUCACACUCCAUCAUACCUUAAAUUAAACACUGCAUGCACUUUGGAUUGAUUGAACUCUCGGGUCUGUCAGCAGGUAGACAGAAGGCUAAAGGCUACAGAAUCAACAAUGCAGAAAGGUGCAAAUGGGCCCAUGAAACAGCCUAGGGAAGCUCUAAAUACCAAUUGUGCAGAUGUCCUAUGCAGAGGAAGGCACAGUGUAAGAGGACACUGUUUCAAACACAGAACUAACCUCAGCACUGAGACUGGCAGCACACAACUAGAUAUGGUUGCACUAAAAAGUAGGAGUUCUUUAUGACCAGAAUAUUAGACAACACAUGCUGUAUCGAAAUGAUCUGCUCUGCAUGUUUCUGUGUUACUAUAAAAAGAACACAAAACACAAAUGAAGGUGUUGUUGUAGUGGUAUGUUACGCUACCAGUUUUACAGUAAGAUUUUAGUUUGGUUUAUUCAGUCAGGGCGGAGUUUGUCUUUCAAUGUAUGAGACUAAAAGCCUGGGAAUCUUCUCUUGCUUCUAUAGAUCACCACUCGUACCUUGAACCCACAGAACCAGAUGACCAGGAAAUGGACUAUGACAACAUUUGGGAGUAUGACUGUGAUACUGGAAUGAUUCAGCCAACGUCUGGAAUUUCAACACACUGGACAGGAUUAAACUUUGGGGCCAUGGGCCAUGGUCCCAUGGCAACCCAGCAGAGAUGGUCAUAAAGCAAAACAAAAGGCCGGCACUCGUCUGGACGUGUGCAAACAACUGAUCCCUAUCAGAGGGGUAAUAAAAGCCCACUAGCACAGCAUUCAUUGCUCCUGCAGUACAGUAUGAACCCGCAAAUCCCAUGAAGUGCAUUGUUACAUGUUGAGUUGUCAGGCAGAGGGAUGAAAAGUGCAGGUGUAAGGAGGGUUGCUGCAGUACAAGUACAUUAUGAAACUAUGAAAGUAAUAAAAGACACAGUUUAAGUUUGUCAUGUAGCAUUCAAAAGAAAGGACAGAAAAGUCUAUACAGAGAUUUACUGUUUGUCUUUUAUUAUAUUCUAUAAUUGCACUCAAGAUUUAAUAAGGGGUGCAUACACCUAAUUUUUUAUAUUUAAAAUAUAAUAUUUUCUAACAUAUUUUUUUGUAAGUGUAUUUGUUAUAUUUUUGAUGUUUGCUUCUGGAUAAAGCUAUAAAAAAGCAUUCCACAGGGGCUUGUUGUAGUAAAGGAUGUACAUUUUUGUAAAUGUUGUAAAUUUAUUAUUUUAUUAUGCUUUAGUAUCAGGCAAAUAGAUGUGGCUUUAACUGACUGCCUUUUAAGGUGCUAAUAUUAAUAUCAUUACUACAUUGUACUGUUCUCUGUGUGGCUUCUUUUCCAUUGUUGUUUGAGGUGUUUAUUUAUAUUUGGAAAUAAAAUUUAUUUUAAAAGUUUA